AUGGCAUCCUCACCCCACCCAGCUGAUACCAAGGAGCCACCCAAGGACCCCCUAAGGCUUGGAAGACUCGACAGCAUGAACAUGGGCACGGAAGCACCCAAAGAGGAAGCGGCCGAGGUCUCCCAUGUGUGCUGGGGCUGUCCUGACCCCUGGCCUGGCCGGGGCUCUGUGUGGGGCCACUGCACCUGCCAGCCAGUAACAGACUCCACCCUGUGUCGGGGAGUCCUGGGGCCUCCCCACGCCCUCCACUCAUGCCUGGGGCCCACGCCACAUCCCUAUCUCAACCCUUGGGCUCACGUGUGGAUGCCCUGGGGUGGUGGUAUCUGGACGGGGCAUCCACUGCUGGCUGCCUCGGUGCCUGUAGAUUGGUGUAGGGCCACCUCUAGCUUUAAUCCCUACACAUGCGGCAGGCACCCGACUGCCCUGGGCCACAGCACACUUCCUCAUUCCUGGGGACCCCAAUCCUCCCCACCCUCUCCAGCUCUGGUCAGGGACACCACCUACUGUCCCCCGGUGAGGGUCCAGGACCCAGGCAGCUCAGCCCCCUGGGCUGCAGUGGGGGGCCCAACCCGAAGUGCUCCAAUCUGGAGGUGGCCCCAAAGCUGUCCCUUGGGCCAGGCCUCCAGCUUACACACACAGGUGCUCCUGUUGUCCUCCAGCUCUCAACUGUGCCCUCUGCUCCUGGCCCCCAUGCCAGAUCCUGAGCUGGAGCCCGAGCCCCCCAUGCUAGAUCCUGAGCCUGAGCCCAAGCCCCCCAUGCUAGAUCCUGAGCCUGAGCCCAAGCCCCUAUCCUAG